GAGAGAGAGGGCAACCCAUAGCCUCCUGGCCCCAGACAGCAGGGGCCAGUGCACAGAGGGCCAAGCAGCAUGUGGGAACUCCGCUCCAUAGCCUUCUCCAGGGCGGUGUUCGCAGAGUUCCUAGCCACACUCCUGUUUGUCUUCUUUGGCCUUGGCUCGGCCCUCAGCUGGUCGCAGGCCCUACCCUCUGUGCUGCAGAUCGCCAUCGCCUUUGGCCUGGGCAUCGGUACCCUGGUGCAAGCUCUGGGCCACGUCAGCGGGGCCCACAUCAACCCUGCCGUGACGGUGGCCUGCCUGGUGGGCUGCCAUGUCUCCUUCCUCCGAGCUGUCUUCUACGUGGUGGCUCAGCUGUUGGGGGCUGUGGCUGGGGCCGCUCUGCUCCACGAACUCACCCCAGCAGAAAUCCGCGGGAACCUGGCUGUCAACGCUCUCAACCACAACACAACGGCUGGACAGGCCGUGACUGUGGAACUCUUCCUGACCCUGCAGCUGGUGCUCUGUAUCUUUGCUUCCACGGAUGAGCGUCGAGGAGACAACCUCGGCAGCCCUGCCCUCUCCAUCGGUUUCUCUGUGACCCUAGGCCACCUCCUUGGGAUCUACUACACUGGCUGCUCCAUGAAUCCUGCCCGUUCCCUGGCUCCAGCCAUCAUCACCGGCAAGUUUGAUGACCACUGGGUCUUCUGGAUCGGACCCCUGGUCGGUGCCAUCCUGGCCUCCCUCAUCUACAACUACGUGCUGUUCCCCUCGGCCAAGAGCUUGUCGGAGCGCAUGGCCGUGCUGAAGGGCCUGGAGCCGGACGCAGACUGGGAAGAGCGCGAAGUGCGGCGGCGGCAGUCGGUGGAGCUCCACUCCCCGCAGAGCCUGCCGCGUGGCAGCAAGGCCUGAG